AUGGUUGUACAUCUCUGCUUUUUGCAGUACUUUUUUCCCGAUCCCACGCUCCAGACCGCGAUCCCCUGCACACCAAACUGCAUCUCUGAUUCAGGUCAUUUUGAAGCAAACGCAGGCCGACAUCGUUUGAACGCAGAGGAUGUCGCCCUGGCUCUUGCAUGUGCAGGACUUUCAAGCACCCAGCUGCAGGCCGCAGUAGAAGACGCGAGCACCAGCGAGGCUUUUCUCAACAAAGUGUGCCAAGACAUCUGCAAGAGGGCUGCAGAAGCCACCGUUUGGCAGCGCACCGAUGCCAGGGAACUCGACUUUGCUUUCUUUACCCCCUUUCCAGGUCCUCGCACGUUGCUGCAUCAAAGUAUGCCAGUCAUAUGGUUGACUCAGCUUGCGCUUUGGCCAACGUUAGUGUCCAAGUUCCUUCAGAUGAUCCGCUGCGUGCCAAUGCAGGAAGACGGAUUGCAGGAAACGAAGUCCAUACAGCGCUUGGCUUUGCAUCCAGACGUGAAGUGCUGGGAGGAAGAUCACAAUGCUUUGGCCACAGUUGCCUUCACAGGAUUAUCUCUGUGGUGCGUGGGUGUUCCCUUAUUGCUCUUUAUUCAGAUCUGGAAACUGAAGGAUCGACAAGAUGCAAACAACUACCGUAGGUACGGCUUCUUCAUCCGAGGUCUAGAGCCGAGAUACUGGUACUGGGACAUUCUUGUGAAGAGGGCAGACACCUGUUUGAUGCUAUUGGUGGCGAACACAUCUAUAGCGGAUGACAACAAUGCCAAGCUGCUCCUAUUUCCUUUGAUUUCUGGCCUAAUGCUCGCAAUCAAUAACUGGUACAAGCCUUAUUCAAACGGCCAGGCCCAGAUUUUGGACUACAUUGAAUUCAUCCUACUGCUCACAAGGUUUGUACUCUUUAGCGGCGUUUCUGUGUUGCUCAUCUUCUUCCCAAGACAAGAAGCUGUUUCCGUUGUGGGCGGACUCUUGCUUGGGAUGCUUGGCGCUGCCGCAUUUUACGCCGGUCUACAGACUUUGGCACAAGCAUUGCGCAGUUGUUCCGCAAGUCUCAACAGCGAGCAACACCACUUGCACGGGAAAGAGGAGUUUGCGUGGCGAAGCACAUCGACGUGGACAAUGAGCGCGGCUAAAGCUGUCAGUGUCGUCCAGAAGCUGAUGCGAUUUGCUUUAGAUUCGCUUCUCCCUUUAGUUCAGCCUCGAGAACGCCUCGUGUUAUCAUGGUCAUUGCGAGAUGCAAGACCAACCUUCGAAGUCGUUCCCGCCAGCCACCAACCCUCUUCCUUUAUCAGUCGAUCCUUGACCAGUUUGUCAGUGCAUUUAUUCCGGCUUGACCUCAUCACACAGCAAGACUCCAUCUGGGCUGAUUAUUCAGCAUUUAUUAACAUUUGGGAGCACCAGCAUGGACGGAAGGAUAUUUUGACUUUGAACGUCCUGUGCGCACUUGCCGCUUCCAGCCGGGACCUUCCAACCGCCAUCCUGAACUCCCAGCUAGGUGGCUACUGGAUCAAGAAUUUGGAUGGCUUGGCGUCGGACACUAGGAAAGCCUGGGUGCUGUCUACAGAGGACGUAUCGAGUGCAGUUGUCCGCUUCAGUGCACUCCCGCGAGUGGAUGCCGAAAAAUUGAUCACAGUCGCAAACAGAUUUGUGGAUGGAUUAUCGCACGUGGCAGCAGUAGGAUUGGAGGACCCUUUGUGCUCUAGCAAUAUGCCGGCGCAGACGAAGGAGGCUACAUCAGCAGAUGGUGCCCAAGAAUCUGAAGUUUCUAGGGCCAUCCCAGCAACGAGCAACCAAGAUGAGACGAGGCUGGCGGUGAGGGCCAGCCCGAAGCAGAUUCCGAGAGAUCGUGAAUUUUUGGAACGAGCCGUGAGCGAGGACACCGCAGAAGACCAGGCUUGCAACAAGGUGCGUUCCAUCUAA